GGCAACGAUAUCAGCUUGCAUUCAGACGCGAAAUUGCUAAACAUAAUUUUGGUACGUCGUGCCAUGGCCGAUACGAAGUCUGGCCGUUAUGCGAGCAGCAGUGCAACAAUAUCCCCGCUAGUACAGAGCCCCGAGAAUUUGGAGUGUAAAAACUUUCAAGACUAUCUACGCACACGUCAAACACCCGAAUCACUGGAGAAGCUUUACAAUUAUCCACCUAUUUGUCUGGCCGUCUUUCGCGAGCUGCCCGAAAUUGCCAGACAAUUUGUAAUACGCAUACUGUUUGUCGAUCAACCAGUUCCCCAGGCCGUUGUCAGCUCAUGGGGCGCACAGCGUAUUGCCAAGGAGCAAAUGGAAGCCACCAGCUGCCUGACUGCUUUGAAUGUUUGGCGCGUCACAGCCAUACCGGGCGGCCUGGCUGCUUGGGAGCUGUCGCCCACAUUUAAGAAGAGCGUGCGUCAGGUGCUGCUGGGCGGCGGCAAGCCAUGGGCAAUGACCAAUACGCUGGACAAAGACUCCAAACCGCGCGACAUUGCGUUCCUCGACACAUACGCGAUGGCCCGCUGGCGCUGUGUGCUCCACUAUAUGGUGGGUACGGGCAGUCGGAAUGGCGGCACCGAUGCCGAGGCCAUUAGUCCGGAUGCUGUACGCAUUCUGUUGCAUGCCAAUCUGAUGAAGCGCGAUGAACGCGAUGGCAUCACCAUCACACGUCAGGGAUUUCAGUUUUUGCUGCUGGACACUCGCGCUCAGGUCUGGCAUUUUAUGUUGCAGUAUUUGGAGACUUGCGAGGAGCGCGGCUUUUCACUGCCCGAAUGCCUAUCCAUGCUUUUCCAGCUGAGCUUCUCGACACUGGGACGCGACUAUAGCUCGGAGGGCAUGAGCCAUCAAAUGUUAAUGUUUCUGCAGCAUCUCCGCGAGUUUGGGCUGGUGUUCCAGCGAAAGCGCAAGGAGGGUCGUUUCUAUCCCACACGACUGGCGCUUAAUGUGACCAACAAGGAUGCGGCGCAGGCUUCCACAUCGGCGGAUGAUGAGCGCAUGCAGGAACGAGGCUACAUUGUGGUGGAAACAAACUAUCGCGUUUACGCCUACACAGACUCACAGCUGCAGGUGGCUGUGCUGGGACUGUUCACCGAGCUCCUGUAUCGCUUUCCCAAUCUCGUUGUGGGUGUCCUUACACGCGACUCGGUGCGUCAAGCGCUGCGUGGCGGCAUUACUGCGGAGCAAAUCGUUAGCUAUUUGGAGCAGUAUGCACAUCCCAACAUGAAACUGGUCGAGUCCGCAAUUCAAUCAAAAUCCUGCCUGCCGCCCACUGUCGUGGAUCAAAUAAAACUCUGGGAAUUGGAACGCAAUCGUUUCACCUAUACGGAGGGCGUUGUCUACAAUCAGUUCCUCUCACAAACGGACUUUGUCACGUUACGCGACUACGCGCAGUCCAUCAACAUGCUGGUGUGGCAGAAUGAGCGCACACGCACCAUGGUGGUGCAGAAAAACGGGCACGACGAUGUCAAACGCUAUUGGAAGAAGUACUCAAAGAGUGGCGGCUAGCGCCCUGUAAAUCAUACAUCGUAGUUAAGACUAAAUUCGUUUAAUUGUAAAAAAAAGAAGCUAGCUUAAGGACCCGUCUGAGCGUUUGUGGCAACUGAAUAACAAAAUAAUGGUACACAAAUACAAAUACACAAAUAAGCCAAACUAAUUUGCAUAUCGCAUAUAUAGUAAAUAGCCGUCUGUUUAAAUUUGAAUGAAAUGAAAUUAAAUGAGAACACACUCCAAUACAAACCGAUUGCUCUAGUUUAUACGCGUUAUUUUUAACAUAUAUAAAAUACAGUACAUAUAUAAUAUUAAAUUCAUACAGAAACAUGCAACAUUAAAGCUUGACAGAAAUGAAUCGUA